AUGACACAGCCGGCGCGUUCGCCGUAUAAUCAAGGUGCGGCCACCACCGCAGGCGUCUCCUCUGAGGACAACAAGGCCGCGAGCGGCGAAGAAGGGUAUGAGCUCGCCGACCGUGAUGCCGCUACGACACAAGAUGUCGAUGAUUCGACAGUCUAUCGCACGUAUAAGCGCAGGUGGUUCGGAUUGGCUCAGCUCGUGCUGCUCAACAUCGUGGUGAGCUGGGAUUGGCUCACCUUUGCACCCGUCACCGAUGCCGCGGCGACCUACUAUGGCGUGAAUGCCGUCGCCAUCAACUGGCUGUCCACCGCCUUCAUGCUCGCCUUCCCCGUCAUCGCUCCCGUCACCAUCAAGAUCCUGCACCUGGGGCCCAAGCCCUCCAUCAUGGUGUCCGCCACCCUCGUGCUCCUCGGAAACUGGAUCCGCUUCGCCGGCUCCUACAAGUUCGAACCGACCGGCGGAAAGUUUGGCGUCGUCAUGUUUGGCCAGAUCCUCACCGGCCUCGCCCAGCCCUUUGUGCUCGCCGCCCCGACCAGGUACUCCGACAUGUGGUUCACUACCAGGGGUCGCGUGGCUGCUACCGCUAUCAUGAGUCUUGCCAACCCCCUCGGCGCCGCCCUCGGCCAACUCAUUGUACCCGAGCUGGUCCCGGGUGGCAAGAGCGAGCAGGUGUCUAGAAUGGUCCUUUACUCUUCCGUCGCGAGCAUCCCAGCCUUCUUCAUCCCCGCGAGACCCCCGACCCCCGUCGCGCCCUCGUCCAAGCACGUGCGCCCCGGCAUCCGCGCCUCCGUCGUCCAAGUCGGCCGCAACCUCGAACUCUGGCUCGUCAUGCUCACGUUCUGGUUCUACGUCGGUCUGUUCAACCUCAUCUCCACGCUCCUCUCGCAAGAGAUGAAGCCCCACGGCUUCUCCGAAGAUGACGCCGGCAUCGGCGGCGGCCUCCUCAUCCUCGCCUUUGUCUUCGCUAUCAAGUGCCUCAUCCCCAUCAACGCCAUCGCCUACCUCGUCUUCGUCUGGAUGCCCCAGACGGGCUCCAUCGCCGGCCCCUACGUCAUCCUUGCCCUCAUCGGCGCCACCGGUUUCUCCCUCGUCCCCUGCGCCCUCGAACUGCUCACCGAGCUGAGCUACCCCGUCAGCCCCGAAAUCACCUCCACCAUUGCCUGGUCCGGCGGCCAGCUCAUUGGCGCCAUCUUCAUCAUCAUCUGCGGCGAGCUCAAGGCCAGCGACUCCGCCGAUCCCCCGGCAACCUCGACAAGGCUCUCAUCGUCCAGGCCGUCGUCGCGUGCGUCAGCGCGCCCCUGCCCCUCUUCCUCGGCCUCUUUGGCAGAAAGGACAAGAUUAGCUUGA